UCCUCUUUUUCCAUAUUUUGAUCCAUCCCUCACCAGCUUCGUUACGCACUUCACGCCAUGUUUAUCCAUCAGGAUUAUCUCAUUCUGCUUCUUGAUACCGUUGAUAUUCAUGGAUGUUGCUGGAAGAAUCUGCACAAGAUUUAGAAACCAACCAAAGAAUAAAGACAAAAAAAAACAGAGGAAAAACAGAGGAAAACAGAGUGAAACAGAGUAAAACCUAAACAAAGAUCUUGCUUACAUACAAGUUUGGAGGUUCUGAAAUUGUAACGUGUGAGAGAGAUCAUGGAAAAAAAAAAAAUUUACGAAGAAGAGAGAAAAUAUGGAACAUAACGAAUUUGCGUCUUAUGCAUCUUUACAUAGUCUUCUGUCCUUAAUUACACAAUUAAUAUUUCAAGCGUUUGUAGUCGUCGCAAUUUAGAAAUAAAAAACCGUAACACAAAGGGGGCUGGGCUUCAUUAUGAUUUGAUUGGCAGGAAAAAUCUGACAAAACCUAGGGUGUCUUCUUUCUUUCCUUUCUCCUGUUGUCAGAUCAGAUAGCCGUCUAGGUAACUGUAACGGUAAGCUGAAGUGAUUCUCAGAAUCCCAGUAUAGAAUGGAUUCCAUGAGGGCUGUUCUGAUUCGGGGUUUGGAAACUAGUCUCCUGACGUCUUUCGACAGAGAACAUUUUUUUGCAUUACUUGUUAGUGGGGACGUCGAUGGAGCCGAGGAGUAUCUGUCUGAUUUCACCAAACAGGAUUCAAAUUAUUACUCAAACCUCAUGUUCUACUUUGUUAAGAGGCAGAGAUUCUUCAAGUUUCUUGUCGAAGGUGACAACAUAAAAGCAGGAUUUUUGCUGAUGAUCUCUUCCCGACCUUAUGGGAUGAUGGACAUGCCAAUACCAGAAACGCACGAGUUUAUCAGACGUGAUAGGCGACGCAUUGCACAUGAAGGCCUUAAGGAAUGGGAGGAUGCUAGAGAUAACGGAUACACUUUUGAUAUCCUUUCGGUUGCAAAUUCUUUCACUGGUGAGAUGUUUACGAUGAUGAAUCAACUCAUUCCCAUGAACCCAGACCUGCACAAGAAAGAAGAAGGAGAAGACAUAUCUUCUCAAAUGCACAAGUUACAUUUACAAGACAACAAGACAACCAUGCUUGGUGUGGCCGGACCAGCAGCUGUAGCCUUUAACGGUGGAGAGAUGAAUAAGGACUAGACCAUAUAUAUAUAUGGUUUGUUUACUGUAUGUGCUAUGUACUGUGAAAUUAAAUUUUCGUAUUUGCUUAUUGUUGUUACAUAUGGCAUAAAGAACUCUUUGAUCAAAUAAUUAAGGUUCUAAGACACAAUUUGUGUUUGUGAUAUCUCCGAAUCACACGUGACCACAUGUGGGGGAAAAACAUAAAAUGUUUUCAGGUUCCAAAUUUAGUUACGGA